CCGAGAGGAUCCCGUUAGAGCCUGGGAGCCCGACGGAUCCUGAAGAGACAGAGAGGAGGCAGAAAGGCCAGAGGCAAACCAUACCUAGUGGUAAUGCUGUGAAAGGUUAACAGCCCAGGGGGAAAUCUUAAAUAUCUUGUUCAGGAUCUGGACCGAGUCUUUGCAGCACCAUGGGAGCCUCCAGUGAUAAGGUUUCCCUCCUCUCAGGGCUUCUCAUGCUGGUGCUGUGUGUCAUUUCAUCUCUGUGCCAAGAGGAGUACUCAGGAUACCACUCAGGUGAGAAACACACCUAUGAGGAGUCAUCUGCAGUCAACCAUUAUAACAACAAAGGCUCUCGUCAACCUGAGCAUCAACCUGAGCCCACUCAGUACUAUGGUGAGGACCAGCAGUUAGUGGAGGAGGACAAUGAUCCCACCAGGGUCACCAUGAUUACUGAGGACGUCUUUCCUUUUGCCACGACCACAGAGUCCCACUACGCCAAGGAGGACACUGAGACCAUGCAGGUGCCAUUUAAGUACCCAGGAGGACCAGACACUGACACCUCAGAGGAGGAAUCAGGAGGUGAUGCGGCUCUUGGUGAGGAGGGACCGACUGAGUGUGACUGUGAACCCGGGGAGCCCGGUUUUGCUGGUUUUGCAGGACCAAAGGGAUCCAGAGGUUUGCAAGGUCAAACUGGUCUGCCUGGAAUUCAAGGCAGAGAGGGUUAUAAAGGAGCUAAAGGAGUUCGGGGAAGAGGAGGAGACAGAGGACCAGUUGGUGAUGCUGGACCUGAAGGAGAAGAAGGAGCUUCUGGUUUCUCUGGUGGGAUGGGAGAACCUGGACUUCAAGGUGACCCAGGUGAGCGUGAAGAGAUUGGUCUGAAGGGUGACAUCGGUAUGGAGGGACCCCGAGGAGGAGUUGGAGCUGCUGGUGAGACCGGGCCUCGUGGUGACCCAGGCCCUCCAGGAUCGAGAGAAGGUAAAGGUAUCAAGGGGUCUCGUGGUGACCUGGGUAAGCAGGGUCCUCAGGGAAAAGAUGGACCCAAGGGUCAGACAGGAGCACCCGGGUUUCCAGGUGACGUCGGAGAGAGAGGCUACGCUGGUUAUCCAGGACAAACAGGACCAUUUGGUCCACAUGGACCAAAGGGCUCUAAAGGUUUUGGUGGCUUCCCAGGAAGUGAUGGUGACUCUGGAGCGGAUGGUCCGAUAGGAGUCCCAGGUGUGAUAGGGCAGCCGGGACCAUUUGGUGUCAAGGGCAGUAAAGGGGAUCAUGGCGUCCGAGGACCCCGUGGCAGAGUGGGCAGAGUGGGAGAUCAAGGACAACCUGGAGAUGCUGGAAUACCAGGAAAACAAGGACCCAAAGGUCUGCAGGGUCCAACAGGGGCCGAAGGGGAGACGGGGCCUGAUGGGGAGAAGGGUGCUGUAGGAAGGAAAGGCCUGAAGGGGGAGAGAGGCCAAAAGGGAGGAAAGGGUGACCACGGAGACAAAGGACAGCGAGGACCAAAAGGCUCAGAAGGGAACAACGGCGUCCCGGGUCCUGUUGGACCGCCUGGCGUCCCUGGUACCAGAGGAGACCGCGGUCCUAUCGGUGACCCUGGUGGCAAAGGCCGAGCGGGACCAAAAGGAGUUCCAGGUCCAGCUGGUCCUGGUCUGACUGAUGAGCAAGUCCUGCAGCUCUGCAAAGGCGUGGUCACGGCCCAGUUAGCCCAGUACGCUGCCUCCAUCCAAGCCAAGUGCACUCAGGGAUGCCCCAUCAACAACCAGACACUGAUUGGUCCUCCAGGAGCCCGAGGACCACCAGGACCACCUGGCAAAGCUGGCAAAGCAGGAAGAACUGGAGAAAAAGGAGCCAGAGGUGUUCAAGGUCAAAGAGGGCUGGAAGGACAAAAAGGAGCUGAGGGUGGCAGAGGGCCAAAUGGAGCUAAAGGCAUUACAGGGGAUCCAGGUAAAGGCCUGCCAGGCCCCGAUGGACCACAGGGACCCAGAGGUGAACAUGGCUACCCAGCAGAACCCAAAAAUGGGAUGGAGGGACCACGUGGGCCUCGUGGCUUCCCUGGUCCAGUUGGAUCACCUGGUAUGGUUGGGUUCCCAGGCGUGCCGGGAUUUUGCGAGAUGCGGGACUGCAGUAUUUAUGCGCCAGUGAUGCGCAAAGAGCAGGGCCUGGUGAAAGGACCUGCAAGUUCAAACAUCUGAGCCUGAACAAAAGCUCCAAGCAGUUAUGGGAGAACAGAGUUUCUUCUUGCAACACCUGGAUUAUCGCAGUAGUGACUUACAUUUAUUGGCCUCUGAUGAGAAAAUGUUUUGGGCAGAUGUGAUACAACCGAUGGUAUAAAUUGCCACAGGUUGGUCCACUGGGAACUGAAACCAGAGAAGCCUUUCAUUUGGGCCAGAAAAAAGGCUUUAGAUGAGAAAUCCUGCAGAGGCUCAUUUUCAUUCAUAUUUAAAAUCUGCUCCAAGUUGUUCUGGAAACUAUUUAGUGUAUUAUGUUGAAAUGUAAACCUAGGAAAAAGUAAAUUAUUCAAGAAAGAUAGCUUCUUCAUGUUUUUUUUUUUUUUCUUCUAUUAAUGGAAAAACAAAUUCUAUGUAAAUAACAUAACAUGUAAAGAGUCUAAAGAUCAUGUGUUUUUGUUUCAGAUAAACUAUCAGAUCUUUUUUAACCCCA